AACGAACGUCAUAACGUCAUCCACAUUUUCCACAACACGACCUAAUUUUCUGUCUUGUUAUCAAAAUAUUAAAACUAAUGCUUAAAGUGUACCUGAAUUAUUCAUUUCCUUUAUUAUUUGCUUUAUACUUACCAACAACAAUGUUAUUAUUUUCAACGAGUGUCUAAAAUGUCUGAUACGAAGUCAGAUAACAUAAAUAUAGAGUUCGAUCCGAUUUUGCCUGAUACUGGAGUCUUGUUUUACGAGGAAUGUCCCGCGGAGUAUGAGAUUGAGAAGCCGAUAUUGUUGCCGUUGAAGUCUUCGACUCAAGUGCGAUUCGAACAGCUUCAGCACGAAGCUGCGCGAGUGUGGAGGGACAAACAAAGAACAGCGGCGACAGCGAAGAAAAAUUAGUACCAAAGAUUCCUUUUUCAAAUUAACCAAUAUGGCUUAUACAUUGUUUGUGAUAGAGAUUAUUUCGGCGUUUAUAUUGGCAGCUACAUUAUUGUACAGAUACGGCGAUGUGUAUAGGAAUCACGUAAUAGUGACAGUGGCCGUGGUCACAGCAUGGUACUUCUCGUUUGUUAUUAUGUUUAUAUUGCCUUUGGAUGUGUCUUCGACUGUAUAUCGCAAAUGUGUGAAAGAAAACAAUGAGACAACUACAAUAGCCCCAAGUGUGUCUCCACUUCACAAUGAGUCCACCACGACAGCGCCACUGGUAACUAAGUGCCACAAACCGUGGAGCAUUGUGGAUGAUGACACCAUAUUCCCGAACCUUUGGAGGGUGGUCUAUUGGACUUCACAAUGUCUGACUUGGUUGAUAAUGCCAAUGAUGCAGUCCUACAGUAAAGCAGGUGACUUCACAGUGAAAGGCAAGCUAAAGUCGGCUCUCGUUGACAAUGCUAUUUACUACGGCUCAUACCUGUUCAUCUGCGGUAUACUGCUCAUCUACAUCGCACUGAAGGGUGUGGCACUGGACUUCCCCAAGAUCAAGGCUAUCGCAUCCUCAGCCAGCAACACAUGGGGUCUGUUUCUCCUGAUUCUUCUCCUGGGUUACGCUCUCGUGGAGGUCCCGAGGAACCUGUGGAACAACUCCAAGAAGAAUUACACUCUGACAUACACUUACUUCAAGAUAGCCAAGCUGAGUACUGACAAAUGUGAGGCGGAGGAGAAUAUGGACGACAUAUUGGAUAGUCUGUCUGCGAUCACGGCGGCAGUGGGUCCGGGACACCCACUACAUCGCCACGUGGAGACCAUCGUGCAAAAGCUACCAUUGACGCUGCGGGACCGCCUGAACAGUCGCCAGGCGCCCGAGCGACCUACGGCGCCGUCGCUUAAAUCGCUCGUCAACUUGCAUAAGAAGAUGAUCAAAGCGCUCCACGUCCUCCAACGCACCGAGACCCAGUGGGGCAUCACUCUGGAGAAAGUGUUCCACCUAGAAGACGUAUCUACCAACCUGCGGUCCCCGGACCGACGGUUCACACACACAUUCCAUACAGCGCGACCACGAGCUCUUAGGAUAUUGUACCCGCCCACUACAGAAUGGUACUGGGAGUGUGUCCUAAAGCAGUACUUCCUCAAAUCGAUGGCAGUAGUGACGGGCCUCAUGUCUUUGGCGCUGGUCUGGUCGGAAAUGACGUUCUUCAGCAAGCAGCCUGUGCUGUCUAUCUUCGCCAACAUUCUCAACGCCGCCAGAUACACGUACAACUAUGCGGCUAUCGUGUGGGUGUCAACGCUCGUGAUCGCCUACAUGUUCUACUGCGCGUACUCGACAGUGCUGAAGAUCCGUCUCCUGAACCUGUGGUACCUGGCCCCGCACCACCAGACCAACGAGUACAGUCUGAUCUUCUCCGGCAUGAUGGUGUGCCGGCUCACUCCGGCCAUGUGCCUCAACUUCCUCAGUCUGGUGCAUAUGGACUCCCAUGUUAUCAAGGAGUAUGUGCUGGAGACCUAUUAUACUCAGAUAAUGGGUCACAUGGACGUCCUAGGCAUAAUCGCCGAAGGCUUCAACAUCUACUUCCCGAUGCUAGUGGUACUGCUCUGCGCCGCUACGUACCUCUCGCUCGGCAGUCGUCUCCUCUCGCUCUGCGGGUUCCAACAGUUUGUAGGCGACGAUGAGUUGACGACCGAUCUGGUGGACGAGGGCCGUGAGAUUGUCAAGAGAGAAAAGCGCAAGCGCCAACGCGCGGAGGAGUCUCUAACCCGACGUCGCGACUUUAGCGAGCGCUACUCCAGCUACCGCACGCAGCGCGACAACCAGGAUGGAGCCCACACCGGGCUACUCCACGACGUCGACUCAGAUUACUACGUCCAGCCCAGCCCCGAGCGUUCCCAGCCCGUCUCCGCCUACCAGCGAGCAGAACUCCCGUACAACAGGACUAAUAUAGAUGAGGAGCUAGACCAAAGGUUUGGAGCGAGUACCCUGCCCGCUAUACAGUCGGAUUUCGACGAGAGACGGCGGGAAAAAAUGAGCGCCCCGCCGAGAGGGCUGUUUGAUGAUGUUUAGUGCAAUAUAGUUUUUGUAUAGGAUGUAAAUUGACAGUUGUAGAUUAUAAGGCGACCAGAAACUGCGGGCGACUUACGUGAAGUGGACGCCCUCACGGUUGGAUUAGUGUGGGUGUUAUAACAGGCACGGAUAAUAAAAGUUAAAUAGUGAAAUUCUGUCGUGGCGUUUCAAUGUGCAUAAAUACGGCACUUGUCCUACUAAAGAUAGUCACUUCCUUGUAAAUAAAGGUAUACUCUUAGGUCGACACGUUCGUUUUUCGUCACGUUCCUAAAUUGGUGCGAUUUUGCUUUCGUCAGCCAUUA